CUGACUUGCCUGGUUAAAUAAAGGUACAAAUAAAUGGUAGACACACCUAACCUCUGACCCCUCUCACAGAAAGCCCAGGCAGAGGACAAUGAGCGUAAAUGGAAAGGAACCUCCACCCUACAACACACCAGUUGAAGGACAAGGUGAUAGUGGGGUGAAGGUAUAUCAUGUCCAUACCCCCUUCAACCCUCCUUCCUCCACCAUCCCCUCCAGUGACUACUCUGUGUUUCAGUCUCAGUCUCAGGGAAAGCCAGUGUACACCAGUGGAGGAGGUGGUAUUGGAGGAGGUGGGGAAACUCCCACUCAGAAGUUUGUGAGUUAUGACACAGAACUGGGCCGUUCAGAGGGCAUGACCACCUGUACUUCCUGUCAACAACAGGUGAUGACGAACGUGACCUAUAAAGUCGGAGCCUACGCCUGGCUCAUGUGCAUCCUCUUCAUCCUCUGUGGGUUGGUAGUGGGCUGCUGUCUGAUCCCGUUCUUCAUGAAACACUUUAAGGAUGCGUACCACUCCUGUCCUCGUUGCAACCGCAUUAUCCACGUGGACAAGCCACGCUGCUGCUGACCACCCUACCACCACCCACCACUAGGGGAGCUGUUGCUGACCGCCAUACCACCACCCACCACUAGGGGAGCUGUUGCUGACCGCCAUACCACCACCCACCGCUCUACCACCACCCACCACUAGGGGAGCUGCUGCUGACCACCCUACCACCACCCACCA